CUGCCGUUACGUCACAGCUCGGAGCGUGCAGAGCCCAGGGAGGAAAGCAGCUUUAAUUGUAGCAAAGCAGAGAGAAAAAGCCAGCGAUGGCUUCGCUCAGGCAGGAGCAGCGAUAUGGACUGUACUGUGGGAGGAAUGACAGAAACAACCACCGCCACAACAGCAACAACAACAGCCACAACAACAACAACAACAGGACGCUGUUCCACGUCAAACUGACAGACACGGCUCUCCGAGCACUGGAGGCUUAUCAGAACCUGAAGGGAUCUUUACCAACUCAGCCGUCAAUUUGUUUCAAGGGAAACCAAGGGUACGUCAAGAUCCCAGCUCCAACUCCACAGUCACAGUCUGGGCUUCGCAUCUUCUCAUUCUACUUAUCCAGUGACAGCAAGGAUCAGCCUCAGGCCAGUUUUGACUGCAUCCACCAAUACGUCUCAAGUGAUGGACGAGAGCAGCUGGACGGUCAGGGCGUCAUCCAGGACAAGAUCACGGUCUGUGCCACAGAAGACUCCUAUCAGGUGACCCGUGAGCGGGUGUCUCAGGUGGAGAAGGACAGCUGGAGUCGCUCUGCCAUCGAGAUCAAACCAGGAAUCACACAUCCAAGUAAGACUGCAGCAAAACAAAUAAACUUUUCUUUUUUUUUGCCUCCGUCGCAGCAGAAGACUGAAUGGUGUGACUUCUGUGUUCCUCAGGUGGCGAGGGUGAAUCCCAAAGACAACAGCUAUCUGCUCAGAGACGAUUUCUACAAACACGUGCAGAGAGACUGGCCGGGCUACAGCAGGGAGGAGAGGCGCUGCAUGGGUCGACUGUUGGCCCGGAAGCUGCAGCCACAGAUCAACAGUCAGGCCAAAAGUCUUCAACCAAACACGGCAGCCGCGAAGUUCUCAGAAGAAACGUCACCUCAUCACAGCGCAGGGAAACAUCCUGCAGUGAAACGUCCUGUGCCUUUUGACUCACCAGAGAGUCUUGCUGUAAAGAGACAGAAACUUGUGGACCAUACAAAGAGCGAGGUUCACAGAACACCUAACCAUGUUACCCAGAAUCCCUCACCGGGGCCUCAGACUCAGGGUCUUCCUGUGAUGGACCUACUGUUUACGCCCCCUCACAGACCUGUCUCAGAGGGUAGAGAACCAGAACUUAAAGUAAGCAGUCAUCAUCCACCAGAGGGCAACGCUGAGUCUCCUCAUCAGCAGCAGCACGUCGCCACCAACCAUCACAAAAAGAAGAAACCGAAGAAGCACAAAGACAAGGAGCGGACCAAAGAAGACCGGGACAGUGAGUGGCUGAAGAAAAGUCCUGAUCUGAGGCAGAAGUCGGACAAACUGAACCAUGCUGACGUCACUGAAUCGCUGGUGUCCGAGGAGAAACCCGAUUAUGUGCUCGUCUACGGUCCAAUCAUGAGCCUGGAGCAGCGUAGGCAGUAUCAGGUGGAUUUCUGUGCUGAGUAUGAUGAGUACAAAGACCUCCACUCCAGGAUCGCCACCAUAACACACAUGUUUGUUCAGCUGAAGUCCAAGAUCAAGACUUUGUCUCCUGGCUCCCCCGACUACAAAAUAAUGGAAGACCAAAUACUGGAAAAGUACAACAAAUUCAGAUUGAAGUUCCCAGGCUACAGGGAAGAGAAGAAACGCUGCGAGUAUCUCCACGGGAAACUGUCCUACAUCAAACAGCUGAUCGUAGACUAUGACGUUUCUCAGGCUGCUUCGUAGCAUCGGCCUCCACGGUGAUGAUAGACGAUCGACAUCACAGGCAUCAAACCACACUUUGAUAUGAGCCACCGUGGACACACCUGCUGCGUCUGCUGGAACCACGCAGUGACAGCCAAGGAUGUCUGCUCAGUAACAGACGACUCCUCGUCACACUGACUGUUCAAGGGUAAUAGAAGUGGACGACUUUAUAACAUUAUUAUGACUGCAGUUAUAAUAAUGGAUUUUUACCAAAAUGUUCAAACCAAUGUCUUACCUAAGCCAUGGUUUUGGGAAUAAGUGCUGUAUCAUUUCAUCAAUCCACUAGUUUUUCAACCCUUUAAGUCGAACAUUAUUUACUUGUAACAGACGUCUACAUAUGACGUCAUAUGAACGUCAAAAUGACAAUUAAUUUGGAUAAGGAGAUGCAUUCAUUUAAAUGAUUUCGCUUUUCAGCCAGUAGGGGGCGUUGUUGUUUGUAUUCAUAUCUGUCGAGCAUUUAUAGGGUAUGUCGUAAAUCGCUGAUGAAGAGCAGCACAAACGUCAAGUAUUUAUUUUUCACAAACUUUCCUUUAAAGUGGUCAGAGAAGGUCAAAGGUCAUGGCUGUGGAACGCUGCUGCAAUCGUCGUUAUUAAUGAUACGAAUAAUUUCAAAGACAGAUAAAUGAUGUGAUAGGAAAACCUGUGUGCUCUAUGUUUUUUUUUAUUAUUAUACUCCAUGAUUCUCAGGUACUCAGAGUACUUCCUGUACUGUGUACUUCCUGUACUUCAUAACAGCAUCAGUGCUGUAUUACACCAACCCCUUUGAUGUGAGGCCUUGGAAGUUAUAAACCUAGUGUUAUCAAGUGAAUGUCGUAGGAGUACAGUCGAUCAUGGAGUACAAACAAAUACUGUUCAUGCAGUACAUGGGAACACAGAGUACACAGUUUUCCUUUGAAGUAUUUCUCCUCUUGUGUUUUUUCUCUUCUCUCUCUGAACUACUGAUGUAUUUAUUCUCCCUCACUUCUCCUCAGCUUC